CUCGCCUUUAAUCUUUGCUCGUCCGUUCGAUCCUCACACUCUGCCCGCUUUCUGUCGCCCCCUUUUUAGGUUUCCGCGCCGUCAAGGAGACCUUCCUUACCCAAGGGUCGUUUGUCUCAUGGCCGAGGCAUUCCAUCCGGCAGGCUCUCUGCAGCAUUCGCCGGCACCAGCCGAGCGCCGCGGUUCGCCCGAGUCUACACCGGCGCCGACCUCAGUGGAAGAGAAUGCGUUGCCGCCAGUGGAACCUUUACCCACGCUUACAUCUGAGUUGGAGCCUGGGUUGCAGAUCGAAGUUGACGCGGCCGAUGUAUCCGACGUGGAUUCUGCACUAGAUGUUCCUACUCGGGACUCUCUUACCUCAUUGCGAUCUAGCCUUCGGCAGUAUCAACAUGAGAACGGACGUACAUAUCAUGCCAUGAGUGCAGGAAAAUAUUUCUUGCCGAAUGACGAGUCUGAGGUCGAUCGACUGGACCUUCAACACUAUGUCAUGACAUUGACGUUGGGGGGAAAUCAUUGUCUCUGUCCCAAGAACAGGGGUGCCAACCGAGUUUUGGACCUCGGCACCGGCACAGGCAUCUGGUCUGUAGAGUACGCGGAUGCCCAUCCUGAAGCAGAGGUUAUAGGUGUUGAUCUCAGUCCCGUGCAACCUGACCUUGUCCCUCCCAACUGCUCUUUUGAGCUCGAUGACCUUGAAAAAGAUUGGACAUGGUCAAGGCCUUUUGAUUUCAUAUUCUGCCGCAUGAUGACAGGCAGCUUCUCUGACAACAUGAGUAUCGUGCAGAAGGUAUUCGACGCAUUAGAGCCUGGUGGUUAUUUUGAGGCACAGGACAUGGCACUUCCUCUUGGCUGUGACGACGGCACUCUCACCGUGGAUUCGGACCUUUGGAAAUGGGUCCUCCUUGUCAUGGAAGGUAUGGAGAAGUUUGGCCGUCCUGUGAGUGCUGCUCAGCAAUGGAAGCAGCUCAUGGAAACCGCUGGCUUCGUGGAUGUUGUCGAGACAAUUUACAAGUGGCCAACGAACCGCUGGCCUCGAGAUCAACACUAUAAAGAGCUAGGAAUGUGGAGUCUGGAGAACAUGGACCAGGCUUUAGAACCGGCGACACUUGCACCCCUCACGAGAGCGCUUGGCUGGACCUACGAGGAGGUCAUUGUCUUGGUCAGUAAGGCAAGGAAGGUCAUGAGAGAUCCCACUGUCCAUGCGUAUUGGCCGAUAUUCAUCGUACACGGCCGUAAACCUGGCUCCCCGAGGGGGUAGUCAGAGACCCAGAUUAGUCUUGAGGCAGACAAGGAGGAGUCACUUUGACGAUGAUGGACUCCCUAGUAAUUUUCAUGCAUAUAUAUACACUGGCUGGACGUAUAUGUUACAAAUCUUGGUCCCAUGCUCUCUUCUCAAGAGGAUUCAUUCCAUCUCGUCCACAGCUGCUCAGUGCUAGCACAACACUAGUAGAAUGAUUCGAUCUGGAUAUAAUCGAUGAACGAGAAUCAUUUUAACCGGAAGUGGUGGUUGAGGAGAGAUACAACCUGCAUUGGUCAGAUUCUGGCCUUGCUUUGGGGUCGCUUUUAUAGUUAUGGCGACUAUUCUCACUGUUCCAUAGAGUUUCACAAA